AUGACCUCCGGCACGACGAUGGCCACCCCGCGCGCCGACGUCGACGACAUCAACGUCGACGUCGAGCAGUCCGCCUCCGCCGGCAAGCCGGCCAAGAAGCGCACCAACCCGCUCGCGACGAUCUCCAACCUCCGCCACAUCCUCAGCGUCCACAAGGCGGCGGGAGCCGUGGGCGGGGCCGUGGGCGGGGCUGUCGACACCGCCGGCGCCGCCUCGCGCGAGACGGCGCUGCUCGCGGGCCGCACGUUGCUGAUGCUGCUCAACAACCCGAUCACCGGCCCGGCCACCAUGCGCAUGCUGCGCGAGGGCCCCGACACCGCCACCGCGCUCCUCGACCUGCUGCUGGUGCCCGUGCUGCCGACGGUGCGCAUGCUCGUGGGCAAAGAGCUGAUCGAGAUGUCCCAGCCUGGCGCGGCCGUCCCCGUCAACAGCGUCAUCACCUUCGCCUUUGCGCGCCGCCUCAAUGUCGAGCCCGGCGACCUGCGCGCGGGCAAGGUCGUCCCGGAGCUGAGCCUGCGCCUCUCGCCCCUCGCGGCGGGGCUCGGCGGGAUGGUCAAGAUGGUUGGACAGAGCGGCGCCGCCCGUCGGCUCCACGGCCGCGUCCGCCGCAAAGGCCCACGCAGAGGGCUGUGCCCAUCGGAACGGUCAGAGCCAGUUGUUACUGAAGGCACGGUGGUGCCGUCAGCGGUCGCAGUCGCAGCGCCGGCGUCGAGCUUGCACUCCUUUGCCGUCGCAACCGAGUCCAGCGCCGAGUCCGGAGGAGCUGCAAUCUUUACCUUGGCUUUUGCCUGA